AGCAACAGUUCGUUGAAAGUAGGAGCUAAGAAAAAGAGUUCUCUAUCUACGUUACCACCGUUCAGGAGCUGUGAGUGACAACAUGGCCAACAAUCGGCAAAAAAAUAUCCAAGAAAAAAACGUCUCCGAAGCAGAAACGACGGAAACGCUUUGCGUCGUAUGCUUCAAGCCGAUAGUAUACUUUGCUAUUGGCGAAUGCGAUCAUCUUUGCUGUUACGAGUGCUCUACUCGUAUUCGGGUGUUAUGCCAGCAGAAUGAUUGUCCGAUCUGUCGGAGAGAUCUGGCCAAGGUUAUAUUUUCUAAGACGCUUACACCGUACCACCAGCUGGACGUGAAAAAUCGUUCGGGACUGUAUGAUAAAAAGUAUCGCAUCUGCUUCACCGAUGCAGAAGUUCAGCAGGCAUACUACGAUCUGCUGGAUUAUAAGUGUCCUCGAUGUGAUCAGAAGAAUUUUCCCAAAUUUGAGUUACUGCGGGACCACGUACGAAAACAGCACGAGUUAUUCUACUGUGACAUCUGCACGGAACAUUUGAAGGUAUUUUCCUCGGAACGGCGCUGCUACAAUAGACAAGAGCUAGCGCUGCAUCGUCGCAAAGGUGAUCCGGACAAGGUUGGUCACCGUGGUCAUCCUCUAUGUGAAUAUUGUGAUACACGAUUUUUGGAUAAGGAUGAACUGUUUCGUCAUUUGCGGAAAGAUCAUUUCUUUUGCCACUACUGUGACGCUGAUGGGCGAAACUACUUCUACGGAGAUUACGUGUCGCUACGCGAUCACUUUCGGACAGAUCAUUUUCUGUGCGAGGAAGGUGAAUGUGAGCAAGAACAGUUUACGUCAGUGUUUCGCACGGAGAUCGAUUUGCGUGCGCAUCGUGCUUCGGUGCAUGGAAAAUCCAUGAAUCGGUUAGCGAACAAGCAGACCCGAACGUUAGAACUUGAGUUCACAUACGCACCACGGCACGGAGCUGCUGUCGCUGGAGGUUCCGGUGGAUCACAUUCUGCUGCUUCGUCCGGUGCUGGACCUUCAUCAAACCGAGGUCGAGGAGGCCGAACGGGUAGUGCAACGGGGCGUCCCGUUCCUACAGGAUCAUCAGCCGAUUUGCUACAGCACGAAUUCGACAAUCUUGAACUGGCAAACGAUCAUACCACCAAGCAACAUCCCAAAAAGGUGAUAGAUGCCACUAACGAGCAAGAUUUUCCAACACUUGGAGGUUCGGCACCUAACCCAGUAUUCCGACCAAAUAAUGUCACUAUACGGCAGCGUGUUUAUGGAGCCGCUGGACUUGCGCGCACGAAAGAGAACUUUCCCGCCCUCGGGUCGGGCGGUGGAGAAGGGACUGGUCCGACCAGCCUGAACGAAGGAUUUAGCAGUAAAAUCACGGCGAGUUCUCUGCUAAAACCCAGUCAGCCUACUGCUACACCUGGGACGAGUAUGAUGAUACAUGUUUCAAACCGGCCUACAGGGUCAAGCGGUGGAAAAGUGAACGGUGCAUCCGUUGCAUCCAUGGUUGGGAAGAAAAGUACCUCAGACUUUCCGGCUCUGCCCGGUUCGGGUGGCAAAGGAUCAAGCAAAAAGACUGGAGGAGAUAUAUUUGCGGACAUGGAUGAACGUGGUGGUGGCGCUGCGAUGGUAAAUCUCAACGCAAUCUCUGCGAAACAUCGCGCCCUGGUGGACGAUUACGUGUCAGUAUCUAGUGUCGUUUCCAAAGUAACGACAAUAUCUGCGAAGGAUGCUAAGAAACAGUUAUCUGCUACCGUCCAAAGUUCCGUGCCUAGCGUGAACUCAAUCAAAGCGUUUCCUUCACUUGGGGAAGGCAACAAACCGGCAUCGAUUAAACCCUUGCCGUGGGCUUCGGGAGCUGCAAGUUCAUCGAAUAGCGGUGGUGGAUCUACCGCAUCUUCCGGCAACAUCUCGAGCAAGAAGAAACCAACGCCAGCCCCAAAUCUGAAAGAUGAAAUUGCUUUUGUCAAUCUUAACGCUUUAACGGGUAAAAAAUCAGCCGACAAGUUGAAACAGAAGGCGGAGUCAUCUCUCUCUAAUAUGGUUGAUGCGCGUAAUAAUAAUAGUGAAUCGGCUCAGAAAGGCUCCGGAGCAACGAAGGAUCGUAACAAAGACCAACAACAAAAACAGCAACACUCCAAAUCCAAUGGACAGAGCUCGUCGGGAAACCAAACAUCUCAUGCAAACAAUAACAACACUCCUUCCACGCAACACAAUGCGUUCCCGAUGUUGGGGAAUUCGAACAGUGUACAGUUCGCAUUAGCCGCGGGACCAAAGCGUACACCGCCCGGAUUCGAAAAUGUACAUCUAAAGCGUACCCCUGGCCCACCGCCGGGAUUCGGGAACGUGACGUUGAAUUCUGUUGCACGGAAUGCAAACAAUAUGACGUUCACGAAUUCGACGGGUGAAUCAUAUAAUAUAUUGCCCACACAUAGCUACGUUUCACCAUCUAACGCCAGCAAACGGAAUCAAGUACUUGUGACACACUUUCAGAAAGCGUUGAAAAACCAAGAUGCGUUAAUGGAAUUUCGGACCAUAUCUCAGAUGUUCCGCGAUAGUCAGUACGAAGCAUCGGCUUAUUAUGAUCAUUGCAAAGUAGCACUCGGCGAUCGUUUCAAUGAAAUAUUUCCCGAACUGAUUGCGCUACUGCCAACUAUUGCCAAACAGCAGGAACUUUACUUGGUGUUUUGUCAAGAUGAGAAAAAUAGACCGAAAGCAUCGUCUGCGAAGGGAAAAGCUUCUAAUGCGUCCAAAUUGGAGGUGUGUCAUGUUUGCAAACAAGUGCUCGUACAAAACGAUUUGACGGAACACUAUCAAACUCACUACAUGGAGAAUAACUUUCCGAAGCUUGGAACAGCAGAUGAGGGAAAAGUUGAUUCUUCGGCAUGGAAGAAAUAGUUUACUGCUACAGAUCCGCCCAUCGAUUGAUCAUCCAUUGGUGCAAGAUGAUAAACCCUAAGGCCAUGUUUAUUCGGUAUACGAAAGAUAUUGCGGUCAAAGGAGCAUAGAAAUACGAUCCUGUGUACAGUGUUUUAGAGCGUUUUCUCCGAUUAGUUUGCCGAAUUAUCGAUCGUUAUUGGAGUGAUUUUGUAAACCUACAGGAAUGCGAACCAUCUCGUUAUUUUUAUUUAAUUCUUUUUAAUUAUACAACUGAACGUUUUGUGGUACAAUAUUAACGCGAUACAGGUAAAACCCAAACGUGUGUCAGGAAAAGGUUUAAACAUCGACAAAUAUUGGCGUGAAGUUGAUCCGCGAAACUAUUUUUUCCAGAAAGCUUGUUGAUUUCAUACGCUUAGCGUUGUACUAAUUGUUGUUCAUAAAAGUUAUGCUCAAUUUUAAUCUCCCCAGCACACAUACAUGGAAGUUGUACAAAAUUGUAGAUUAAAUAGCAAUGUACAUACAAUAAACUGAACACCUAAAAUUCUAACUAAAAUGCUUCUGCUUUAAACACCGGUUCUAUUACGUACUGAUCAACUGGCUUACAGUUGUCCCUCAUAGUCGAUCGGGACUUUGGGCAAGAAAGAUUACCUCUGCUAGACAAGUUGAAGUAAAGCUAGCGCUUACUACCAAACGAAUACUUACCUGUGCAUCUAUUGACUCAGUGCUCGAAAAUGCAGUUCAAUUCAUGUGUACAACAGUUAAUAUUUAUUUUUCAAAUAAAGAAAGCUAGUUCAGAAUAGCAAUUGAAGGAAAUUGUUGCACGUAAACUAGAGAGCAACAAAAUGCAUCGAAAACGAACCAUUUUCAGGACCAUAAGGAACUGUGUUAUGGGUAGGAAAUUAAAUUUUGUCUAGAUUUUGUGUGCCGGAAAGAAAACGAAUGAUUCAUUCGUUCAGCUAAACCAGAAGCU